AUGGCACCAGCAGGAGGCAGUCAGUUCAGCAUGAUUGGUUCUGCAUUUUCCGCCCCACUCGACUUGGACUCGAUCAACGUCCAGGCCUACCUUGGAGCCAAGUUAGAGACCAAGACACCCGAAAAGAGGGAAGAGAUCAAAACAUUGCUUAAAAUGACAGAGAAAUACAACGAAAUCAAGGAGCGUAUGAUCAAAAAAACGAUUACCAUGCUAGAGAAUGCAUAUGAAACUACUAUAACCCCAACCACGAAGAAAAUGAUAGCUUUGAUCAAAGGUCUACUUCUAUUCAAUAAGACCAUCCGUGUCCGUGGCAAUACAAACACAUCCCUUGCCAAGGCACUGAAGGCAGCCGCGAAGAACCCGACCGGGGAGAAGAAGGAGAAGAAACAAGCCAAUACAGCAAACACCCCGUCGCACAAGCUCGCCAAAGAGCGCGGUGUAAUACCCCCGGGCAGUAACAAAACAAAGAAGGGGAAAGGGAAGGGGAAAGGGAAAGGGAAUGGAAACGGUAAGGGAAAAGGGAAAGGGAAUGGAAAGGGAAAAGGGAAAGGGAAUCAGAGAGGUCAGGCAGCCAAGAAAUAA